AAUCUGUCACAUUUCCCCCAAUCUCUGUUUUCUUCCCAACUCUUAGCUUCCUAAUUUCCUUUUAUUUACCAAAUCUUGCAGUUGAAGAAUAGAAUAGAACGAUUUUAGCUUCUGAUUUCGACUGAAGCCGCCUCAUUAUUCUUUCAAUUUAAUGGCUCGACGACUCAAAACCCUACUGGAGGAUGCAAGUAGGGAUUUAAUAAGUGAGCUGCCGAUAGAGGUAAAGGCCAGAAUUUUGGAGUGUUUGCCCACCCGAGACGCCGCCAGAACUGCUCUGCUCUCAAGGCACUGGAAUCAUGUUUGGUUGCAGCAUGGGCGGCUUGCGUUCGAUUCCGAAGUGUCCAACAGCGCCAAGAUGAUGGAGAAGGUAGAACCUGCGUGGACAUAAUCAAUAAUAUCCUCUUUCUCCGUGCUGGGCCCGUUAAGAAAGUUACUCUACAGAUUUCAUCUGCUUAUCGUAUGCCGCAGCAAUCUGAUUUUGAUAUGUGGUGUCGUUAUCUGUCAAGAAAUGGUGUGGAGGAACUUAACAUAUCUUUAUAUAAGUAUCCAGAGCCAAAAUAUCAGCUGCCAUUUUGUUUACUCUGUUGCAGGAUAAUUAAGCAACUGAUGGUCCAACAACUCUUUAUUGAUUUGCCUGUAAAUGCUUGUGAUAUAUUUUCCAAUGUCACUUCAUUAGCUUUCUUCAAUGUUACAUUUAAGCGCAGUGUUAAUGGAAUUGCCUCUACUAUUAGUAUUCCUAAGCUUGAGAAGCUGGCUUUCGAGGAUUGUGGAGGGAUCAAUAAGUUUGAGAUCAGCCCUCCAAAGCUUGAAAUCUUGUCUGUUAUUGGUUCUAUGUAUUAUUUGGUUGAUUCGAGAUGGUUGGCACCGCAUUUGAAAGCCAUUAAGACUCUUUGGUUGUGUGGCUUAUCGUUGGCGUUUAUGCGUGUAUCUAUGUUUCCAACUGCAAUAAAUCUGCGAGUGCUGAAGCUAUAUGGAUUACAUUUUGAUUAUUGGGAUCAUCUCCUCGUUUUUAUGCAAUUGCUUCAAAAAUGCCCCAACCUAUGUGAACUGCAGAUAUUGGCAGUUGAGUUUCGUGGGGAGGAUGACAACAAACUGAACGAUGCUGCUUCAAGGCAUGAGUUAUUUAUUCAAGAGCUGCAGAUGCUUAACACAAUUAAGAUUGAAGCAUUCAGUGAUAAAUCUGCACUCGAAAUGCUUUUUAUGAAAACGCUGCUCUCAAAAUCACGUGUGCUAGAGAGAGUUGUUAUUUUGAAGUCUUGGCAUCAUAUGAUUUACUCCGGGGUGAGAAAACUCCAAAGGAAGUUGGAAUGCUUCCCUCGUGCAUCUCCAAACGCACAGAUUGUCUGCGACGGCAAUUACUAUGCGGGUAUGUAUGAGGACUGGAUGGAUACCCAUGGUGUUAGGUUGCAGGUUUUAGAAUAGUAUGGUUCUAUUUGGUUGCAGCUUAGAAAUGUAAGCAAAGGUUGUGUUGGAAGUUGAAAUGUUUGAUAAUUUGUAAUCAGCAAGCGUUGUGGGCAUUUAAGAAUGUUCCUAUAUAUAUAUUUGCUUUUGUUAACAAAUGCAUGUCCUGAAGGGCUUGAAUUUCAGCCUACAUUGCAUCUUUCCAAUUUUAAAA